AUAAAAACGCCUAAGUAUGGCAACUGCCGGCACAGAAACCACUCGCACCUCAAGGCGCGCUCAAGCGAAAUUGAAGAAGAGACCAACGGAAGUUAUUAAAAAGCAAUCAAAAUGCGUGGAUUUAUUAUUCUGGCCGUAUUGGCGGUAGCACGCGCUGAUGUCGGUGGCUAUAGUUAUGGAUCUGGGAUAAGUGGUUCAUUAAAUGCAGGUUCCAGUUCGGGUUCCUCUCUUGGCUCUGGAGGAAACUUGCUCGGCGGUGGUUCCAUCUCAAGUGGUGGCAGUUCAUCAUUGGGCUAUAAUACCAAUAGCCAGCAGCAGAGCUAUGCCCCCCUUAAUACGGAAUUUAAUAAGGAGUUUUUUACCUAUUCGGCUCCCGAAGCUGAUUUUGAAGACAACAAAAGUGUCAGUGACUUGGCCGCCUCCUUGAAAAAGAAUCUGCGUGUUGUCUUUAUUCGUUCACCCGAAAAUAAGGGCUUGGAGAACGCUGCUUUAGCUCUUGCCAAGCAGGCUGCCGAACAACAGACGGCCAUCUAUGUGCUUACCAAGCAAGGUGAUCUCUCAAGCCUGGCCAAUCAGUUACAGAACCUGAACCAUGUGAGUGCCAGCAAGCCAGAGGUGCAUUUCGUCAAGUACCGCACACCGGAAGAUGCUCUCAAUGCCCAGCGAACCAUUCAACAGGAAUACGAACGUCUAGGUGGCUCUUCAGCAUCCCACAAUGGGGGCAUUGCUCCCGUGUUAGACUUUGCCACGAAGGCAGUGUCACAGCAGCCCCAGCUGCAUUUGCAGCUCGAUGAACGCAGAGCCAGCUCCUCCAGCUCCACUUCCUCAGGCAGCGUGACAAAUAUUGCCGCAGAGCUGGAGGCGCCAAACAGCUAUAUUCCACCUGCUGCCACGUCUCCAGGUGCCACCUACUUGCCUGUGAACAAGGUCAAAUGAACGGACCCCUUCAACCUUGAGUUUAGAAAUUAGCCAAAUUGUGUUGCAUAGUCUACAAAACUAGCUGCUACUACCACUACUACCUCGUAUGUUAUAAAAUAUAAAUUUAAUUUUAA